AUGAAAGAAUUGGGAGUUCUCAAUUAUUGUAUGGGUAUCUCUGUAUCCUCUUCUUCUUCAAGCUAUGUUUUGUCUCAGCACAAGUAUGCUUCUGAAAUUUUAGCUAAGGCUGGUAUGAGUGAUUGUAAAUCCUAUGCCUCUCCCAUGGCUACUAAGGUUGUUUCCUCUGAUAGUGCUGAUUCUCAUUUCUCUCAGCCAAGUCUUUACAGAAGCUUAGUGGGAGUCUUUCAAUAUCUAACCCUUACUCAACCGGAUCUUAGUUUUUCUAUUAAUCAUCUCUGCCAAUUCCUGCAAAAUCCUCUGCAAAGUCAUUUUACAGCUCUCAAGAGACUUUUUAGAUAUGUCAAAGCCACCUUAAGUCAUGGCCUUCACUUUACCAGUGGCCCUCUUGUUCUUAAUGCCUUCUCAGAUUCAGAUUGGGCAGGCAAUGUUAUUGAUAGAAGAUCUGCUACAGGUUAUUGUGUCUUUCUAGGUCCUAACCUUGUUUCUUGGUGUGCUAGAAGCAACCCACAGUCUCUAGAUCAUCUUCAGAAGCAAAAUACAGAGCUUUAG